GACGGUGAGUGAAGUACUAGACAAUAACAAAAACUGGUGUUGUGAAAUGUGUUGUUUUGAAUAUUAGUUUGUUUCAUAUUAUUCAACAAUUUACAUAAAUCAUAAGCUUAACGGUGAAGUGAUUGAUGUUAUGUAUCAUAACUAGUUUGAAGAAAAUAUGUUUCAAGAAGCGUUCAAAUAUUACAAAGCGCGGAAUCCGCCGCCUAGUUUUGAGAACGUAAUAGAUUUGUGCAAGAGCCACGGCGCAGACGGACUAGAUCAUCGACUGAAGCCGAUAGCUUGUAUUGCCAUGAAAGAUACCCAUCUUCCCGGCUUAAUCCCCGCAAAACAAUGGAAGAUUUACGAAGUACUGGACAGGCCGGGUCUUAUCCUCAUAGCAAACCCCUUCACCAAACCUGCGCAACGCUACUGGAUGGCACGAUGUCUUCAAGACUAUCCGAAACAUCCGAAUCGUACCAAUCUUCCAGACACAAUCAUGGACAAAUUUGGAACAUAUUCCGGUGUCGGUAAUCAACGGGAGCAUUUUGAUUGGUGGUCCAUAGCAAAAACGAUCGAAGAUCCACAAGAACGUGCCAAGUUGUGGAAAGCCCUCCGAUGGACCACGCUGGGUUACCAUUACGACUGGACCAACAAAAUUUACGAAGAAGCAGCAAGGAACGAGUUUCCUGCGGAUUUGGAAGAACUUUGUAGGCAUUUUGCGGAAUCGUUAGGAUUUCGCGGUUUCAAACCGGAAGCGGCCAUCGUCAAUUAUUAUCCCACGGGAAGCACCCUUGCCGGUCACACUGACCACUCGGAGAAAAACCUAGAGGCACCUUUGUUCUCGUUUAGCUUCGGUCAACCGGCAGUUUUCCUGAUUGGCGGUCCAACUCGAGACGAGAAACCGGAUGCCCUGUUGCUGCGGAGUGGGGACGUUAUCGUUAUGACCCGGGCCAGUCGGCUGUGCUAUCAUGCGGUGCCAAAAGUUUUUCCUUGCCUCGAAUCUAGCCGGGAACGAUGGGCGGAACCGGAAGCUGAAGAGGAAUCGGCAACGCUGGCGACGAAAGAGGUUGUUCCGGCUGCUUACGCUGCCGCUGUUUGGGACGAUAGUCAUCGCAACCGGGGCUGGCAAAGCACCGGCAAUGGCUUCGCUGAUUACAUUAGUAAUAGUCGAAUCAACAUCAAUAUUAGACAAGUUCUAAAUGAGGGGGAAAAUCAUUUGUAAAUUGAUGAGAUGACCCGGAAGCUCGGCUGAGAUGGUGCUGUCCGGAGUUUUUGUGCGGUGGUAUAAAAUAUUUAAACUAUGCA